AUGAGGCUGUUUGACAGAAAUCCAAUCAGGAGUGAUGAGCAGGCAUUGAAGGAAGAGCAGAAGAAGGGUCAAGGAGAGGAGGCCUACAUAGCUCAAGAAGAGUCUGAUUCAGAACCCCUCACAUUGACGGCAACUACAUCUACAGUAAGUUCAUGCUCUCAAGAUCAAUUGUGGUAUUUGGAUUCAGGAUGUUCGAAUCAUAUGACUUGUCAUAGAGAAUGGUUGGUGAAUUUUGCUGAAACCAAGAAGAGUAGGGCGAAAUUUGCUAAUGACAGCACUUCGAAGGUAGAGGAAAUUGGUGAUGUUGCUGUCAGAAGGAAGAAUGGCUCGCGUGCCAUCAUAAAUAAUGUGUUUUUUGUGCCUAAAAUGAGAUGUAAUCUUCUGAGUAUUGGCCACUUGAUACAAAAGGGUUUUACAGUAGUAAUGGGAGGCUUCAAUAAGGUUGAGUUGUUUGACAAAAACAAAAACCUGAUUUUGAGAAGCAAGAUCUCGAAGAGUAGAACAUUUUAG